GGCUGGUCCUUUCUUGUGUGGCCCUUUCUCCCGAGCCUCAUUCACAGGCGCCACUUGCUGGGUUCCUCCUGCCGGAGGGCGCCUCUCUGUAGGUGGCCAGGACUGCUUGGAGGGAAGGAGGCUGGGACCCGCCUGCUGGGAGGUGGGGACAAGGGCUGCCCCAUGGAGAGAUCCCUGCUGCGCUGGGAGCCUGGUCAGUGCACGCCAGCGGUAGGUGCCCGUUGGCCACUGAGCGCGGGGGGAAGGGGAAAGGAUCUCCUCUUGGAGAGACCUGCGAGGAGACGCAGCAGCAGCGCCGCCGCCGCCGCCUGACCUUCCCGUCUCUCUACUGGGAGCUUUUGCUGGCGGAGCGCGUAGUGGUGGCAAGUGUGCUUCAGGAUCUCAAUGUCAAUAACGGUCCAUGCGCACAGCUGAUGUUGAGGGCUAAGUUCUGAAGUCAAGGGACGACGAGGAGGAGAAGGACGAGGAGGAGGAAGAGGAAGAAAUUGAGGCAGCAGAAAGUGAUGAGAAGCUGAGGGCGCCUGGAGUUGCAGCCCUCUUCCAGCCAUCCUCCCCAAGCGCCGAGGCGGCAGCAGAGUCCCGCAGCAGGUGCAGACGCUGAAGGGGUGGGGUGGAGUGGGGAGAAGCAGGCAGCGAGAUCGAGAGCGAGAGCGAGCGGAGGAGGGAGGGCAAGCUGCGGUUUCUCUUGGGACGGCCGCCGCCGCCUCCGCGGGUUGGAGGCAGAGAGAGAGAGAGCCUUUUCCUCCUGUCCAUUUAGGAGAACGGGUGGAAAAUAUCGCCGCGAGGAACCAAAAGAAUAAUUCUAACGUCAGAAAGCCAUUCAGGGGAGCCGUUCCUGAAGCGAGAAACUCCUCUUCUUCACCUUUCAUCUUUAGGCAGCUAUGAAGUCUUACAUUCCAUUUUUCAUUCUUCUGUGGAAUGCUGUCGGAAUUUCAAGGGCUGCCAAAAUUGUUAUUGUGCCGCCAAUCAUGUUUGAAAGCCAUCUGUAUAUUUUCAAGACCCUGGCCUCAGCUUUGCAUGAACAAGGCCACCAGACAGUUUUUCUCCUGUCUGAGGGUAGAGAAAUCCCUCCAUCUAAUCACUAUAAACUGCAACGUUACCCAGGGAUCUUUAAUAGCACCACCUCAGAUGAGUUUCUUCAAUCCAAAAUGAGGAGUAUCUUUUCUGGGAGGCUUACAGUCCUGGAACUGUUUGACAUUCUGGAUCACUAUUCCAAGAACUGUGACAUGAUUGUGGGCAACAAGAAGCUCCUGCAUACCCUGAAACAGGAAAAAUUUGACCUGCUACUAGUGGAUCCAAAUGAGAUGUGUGGAUUUGUUAUCGCUCAUCUUUUAGGGAUCAAAUAUGCUGUUUUUUCCACUGGCCUUUGGUAUCCAGCAGAAGUCGGAGCUCCAGCACCUUUAUCAUAUGUUCCAGAAUUUAAUUCGCUUCUCACAGAUCAUAUGACUUUGCUAGAGAGGCUAAAGAAUACUAUCGUUUAUCUGUUUUCAAGAAUUGGGGUCAGCUUUUUGGUUCUGCCAAAAUAUGAAAGGAUAAUGCAGAAGUACAAUGUAGAGCCAGCAAGGUCCAUGUAUGAAUUGGUUCAUGAAUCCAGCUUCUGGAUGCUGUGUACUGAUGUAGCGCUAGAGUUUCCAAGACCCACGCUACCAAAUGUUGUUUAUGUGGGAGGAAUCCUUACCAAACCAGCCAGUCCUCUACCAGAAGAUCUCCAAACAUGGGUGGAUGGUGCUAAUGAAAAUGGCUUUGUCCUUGUUUCGUUUGGAGCAGGAGUGAAAUAUUUGGCAGAAGAUAUAGCACAUAAAUUGGCACAUGCUCUGGCAAGACUUCCUCAAAGAAUUAUUUGGAGGUUUUCAGGAAAUAAACCUAGGAAUUUGGGUAACAAUACAAAACUCAUGGAAUGGUUACCACAAAAUGACCUGUUAGGUCACUCUAAUAUUAAGGCAUUCCUCAGUCAUGGUGGUCUGAACAGCAUUUUUGAAACCAUGUACCAUGGGGUACCUGUGGUAGGAAUUCCUCUUUUUGGAGACCAUUAUGACACUAUGACCCGAGUGCAGGCCAAAGGCAUGGGGAUAUUACUAAACUGGAAGACAGUUACCGAUGAUGAAUUAUAUAAUACACUUGUGAAAGUUAUUAAUGAUCCCAGCUACCGACAACAGGCCCAGAAGCUGUCUGAAAUUCAUAAAGAUCAACCAGAUCACCCUGUCGAUCGAACAGUCUACUGGAUUAAUUAUAUCCUUCGUCACAAUGGAGCACAGCAUCUACGAGCUGCUGUUUACACAGUCUCUUUAUAUCAGUAUUUCUUAUUGGAUAUUGCUGUUGUUGUACUGCUUGGUACAGCCUUAUUCUACUACAUUUUGGCCAGGAUAGCAAAAUUCAUCUGCAAGCAAAGCAAACAUCUUUGGUCCAUUGAUGAACAUGCUACUAUUAAUGGACAUUACCAAAAUGGGAUCCCAAAUGGCAAGUAUAGAAGAAACGGCCACAUUAAACAUGAAAAAAAGGUGAAAUGAGCCAACUACCCAAUGUACAUUAGCAACGAAUCAAUUCUAUAAUUGAAUUUUAUAGCUGUAACUUAGUCUAAUACCUACUUAAAGUAAAACAAUAAACAAUUCUAACGCUCCCCUACAGUAUGUAAUCUUAUGCAAUUAAAUUCUGCAGAACUAAGGAAAAUCUUUAGAAAAAUGAAGCACAACCUAAAAUGCAAAAUGUAUUUUAUUCUUAAUACUGAUGCAGAAAGGUUAUUCUGGCACUGAAUAUUUUUAGAAGCCUUAAUUCUCUGAAGUAAUUCAAUAAGCAUAUUUAUAUCUUCUCCAUUUGUGAAUCUAAAUGUGUGCGUCCCAGAUAAGGAAUGUUUCCUUUACUUGGAAAGGUUCUUCCUUUUUUCAUACACUCAUAUUUUAGCAAAGAGAUCUAUAUUUUAUUUAUAUAAAGUUCAAUAUGUUAUUUGACAAUGAUGUUAAAUGAAAGUCAUCUUUCCUGGUGUUGGGUACAUAGCAGUAAACAAACUGCAGAAUUAUAAUGCAGCCAUAAAAAUCAUAUUCUUAAAAGGUACUGAAGAAUAUGAUAACAAAAUACCCUUCUUUUGAUAUACUACUUAACUCUCCCUUUCUCUUCCAUUUCUUUAGAGAAAAGGAAAUUGCACAAGAGUACCGUAAGCUGUAAUUUUAUAUUUAUGUAUAUUUUAGUUUAAUUCUCUACCUUUCCCCAUCCAUAAUUAAUGCCAGUGUAGGGGUGUUUGAUUCCCAUAAUAAAAAGGGCUGUGUGGAUAGAAUAAGUAGAUAAGAAAAAUAAAUGAAGCAGAGAGGAAAAAAAUCUGUCCCAGGCUCUUUGGAAAAGGUUUUACCUUGUCCAUUGAGCUAGCAGAAUCAAACUACUUUAGGGGUUUGCUAUAAAGUUGAAUGUCUUUGCUAUUAUGUUAUUACAAUUACGUUUCCCCCCAAAACCACAAUGGUUCAGAGGUUCACUUAGUUCUAUCUGUGUUCCUUAUACUAGUCUGGGCCACACAAUCCAUGUUACAUAGUUGCCAACAUCAAUUCUCUCAAUAAAAUGGAGGUUAUCUUUCUGGUCAGUUACCACUAUCUUUGUAAAGGUUUGAUAUCAUGCAUGACAUUGAACCUAGAAAAGUAGUUAGAAAAAUUUGCCUCUACCCACAGUCAUAGCAUUCCUUUCUGCACAACACUCCUUCAAUCACUGUAACCACUGCAGGACUUUCUGCUUUUAAACAGAGGAUGGGAAGGCAGGGCAUUGAACAAAGUUCAGGACUGUCCUGUUACAACAGUGUUGGCAACUAUGAGUUUAUUAAUUUCCAUGUCAUUCUGUUUACUUAGAAUUUGCACUGCACAUGUUGUGAGUGUAUACUUUAUUUAUUUGCAGUUUGAAAUCCCAUGUCCAACAGUGGUGGGGGUGGGAAGAUGGGUAGAGUCUAUAUUGAGUGUUGUUCACUAACAUGGGACGAGUUCUGAAAAAACCACAGAAUGCUAAAAUCAUCUUCGUACACAGUGACAAGAUACUUCAUUAUCAUCCCAUCAGGAGCCUCUGUCUUAUAGCAAUAAAGUAGCAUUGCAAAUAUGUUUCUAAUGUACAGUACAGGCAAUUGUACUGCUUUCCAGAUACUUGAAGAAAAUGGUAUUAUCAAUAAGCCUGUUAGCUUUAUCUUUUUACAAUCCUAUCAAGAUGUGGCAACUAAAGGAACACAAAGAGGCAAUGAGAGGUGGGAGAGUGACAGGACCUAGAGUGUAUGAAUGUGUUGGUUUUAAUGUUUUUCUUAUUGAAGAAGGUACACAAACACUGACCGGAUGAUUAAGAAUAAUUUAAUCUCCACUGUGAUACAACUUAAGCAAUAAACAUGGAUUUAAUAUAGAAACAA